GAUCUCUUCUCGUGUCCGUGUGUGCACGCCAACUUCUUUGGUCAUGAAUCUUUACCAACUGGCUCCACUUUCUGUCGUUCAGAGCGAAAAGGCGGGAAAAGAGUCGCCACGAAGACAACCUCCGAAGAGCCCAGGGCUACAUUCCUGCAUUGCCAGCUAAAGUGACACUACUGCGUUGCGUUUGUUCGUGUGCAACGGUGACGCCAUGCCCCUGCCGCGUCGCGAGAAGACGACGUACAACGACAUCCGGCAGCCGGCCACCGAUCAGGUGCCGCACAUCCCGAGCCUGCCGCCAAGCCCGGUGUGCAUCCGCCAGUCCGUCCAGAAGUACAGGGACCGCGUGAUGCCCGAUUGGUUCCAAAAGGUCACGGAGGAGGCUGACAAGUGCCAGAAGCUCAAGAGGGGGCGGGCUCGCUACGCUAAGGACGACAGCGGCCCAUCGGCAGCACCCAAGGACAAAUCGAAGGACAGUGUAAAAUCCGACAGCCAAGACGCAUCGUUGCCAGAGCCGAAGGAAAAAAGAUCGACGAGAAAGAAAGGCAAAUCGAAGGCUGAGAAAGAAGCGAAGGAGAGCGAAGUGGAAGAGAACAAGUGAAUCUAU